AGUUUUUAAAUAAAGCUAUUUAAAUCAAAACAACAUGGCGCCCGGUGGACUAAACACGUGAAAAUAAGAGAAAUAAAAGAGCUGCAGCUGCGUUAAAAUCAGUUUCUCUUGCAUUAAUUAGAAACGAGCCAUGGCGACUCCAGGAAAACCAUCCAAGAAGGAAUUAAAGAGGCAGACUCCCGCUAAGACCUCCUUCACUUCCCCCUUCACUUCAAAGUGGAUUCCACUCCCUCAGGACGACAUGCAUUUCAUCCUGAACACUCUGAAGGACAAGCUGAGCUCCACGGGCCUCGAGAAGAAGGAGGUGAAGGUGUUCCGGCCGUGGAGGAAAAAGAAAGAGCAGAAACCGGUGACGGAGGAUGUUCCCCAGGUGAGCCAACAGGAGCCAGACGGCGGGAGGAACGGCUGGACGGACGUGGCGGCCCGACGGCAGCUCGCCAUCGGCAUCAACGAGGUCACCAAGGCUCUGGAGAGGAACCAGCUCCGGCUGCUGCUGGUGUGUAAAUCCGUCAAACCGCAACACAUGACCAACCACCUGAUCGCUCUGAGCGCGAGCAGAGGCGUCCCGGCCUGCCAGGUGCCGCGGCUGAGCCAGAGCGUGUCGGAGCCGCUGGGCCUGAAGAGCGUCCUGGCUCUGGGCUUCAAACUAUCCACCGACGACGAGGUGUUCAGGGACACCGUGGAGGCCAUCAGACCCAGAGUUCCUUCACUGGAGGUCGGCUGGCUGCAAGGUGGAGCAGCCAGAGACGCACCUGGAGACGCACCUGGAGACGCACCUGGAGACGCACCUGGAGACGCACCUGGAGACGCACCUGGAGACGCACCUGGAGACGCACCUGGAGACGCACCUGGAGACGCUGUUAGCGUGGAGGAGGAAGCCGGUGAGGCGAGAGGCCAGAAACGUAAACUAGAGGCUGAACCUGCGGACUCUCCGUCCUCCUGCACGCUGCAGCCUCUCAAAGUCAAGAAAAUAGUCGCUAAUCCUGCAAAGAAAAGGAAAGUAAAGCCGAAGAAACAGAAAGUAAAAUGAAACAGUAACUCUGUUGGAACAUUCCUGAGUUUUAGGUGGGAAGUUUUCCCUCUUACAUUGUUUUAAAUAAUUUUUGAAACCAGAAAAAGUUGUCUACAAUGUACAAAAGGCAGAAAAAAAUUAGCAGUUUUUGGGAAUAUAAAGGUAACUUUUAAAUGCUUGUGAUGCCUCAGGUAGUUUUUCCAUCUCUGAUUGUUUUAUUUAAAGGAUUUUUGAAGAUUAAAGAGUGGAAAAACUAUCUUAAAUAUGAAAAGGCAGAAAAAAUGAGGUUUUGUUGAGACCAAGAAGGAGGAAGCUGCUGAGGCGAGAGGCCAGAAACCUCAACUGGAGAGUCAAUCUGAGGAUUUUUUUUUUCCUCCUGCAGCCUCUCAAAGUGAAGAAAAUAGUUGCUAAUCCUGCUAAAGACAAGAAAAAUGAAGAGUAAGAAACAACCUCUGAAGUGACACAGAAACUCUGCUUUUUGCUUGUUUUAUCAAGGUGGUUUUCUUUCCAAAUGAGCCUGCUUGUGACGCCUUAAUGUGAACAUUUAAGUAAUUUUACAAUUUUUCAGAUUCUAAAAUAUAAAAAGUGUAUAAAAAAAAAUUAAAGUUUUGGGGAACAA